CCGGGGCUGGCGGUCCCGGGCUCCGGCGGAGGACGCCGGCCGCGCCCGGCCCGAGGCGCGCGGGCGCCGGCGCGGGGCCCGGCGACGGCGGGGACCCCGGCCGCGGUCGGGCCGAGCACCGGCCGCCAUGGCCUCCGUGCGGAGCCAGCGCUUGCAGGAGCCCGGCACAUGGGACAGGAGCAUGGGCUUGGGCUGCGGCUUAGAUGGUUUCCAGCUAGAGGCCACUGUGCCCAAGGUCGCUCAGAGCCCGGGCGUCAAGGCCAAGGUGUUUCCAGUUUGCACCGACUCGGAUUCUGCCGUGGAGGAGCCGGUGCCGGACGACCGCUACCAUGCCAUUUACUUUGCCAUGCUGCUGGCCGGUGUGGGCUUCCUGCUGCCCUACAACAGCUUCAUCACGGACGUGGACUACCUGCACCACAAGUACCCAGGGACCUCGAUUGUGUUUGACAUGAGCCUCACCUACAUCCUGGUGGCGCUGGUAGCUGUGCUUCUGAAUAACGUGCUGGUAGAGCGACUGACAAUGCACACGAGGAUCGCAGCGGGCUACCUCCUGGCCGUGGGCCCCCUGCUCUUUAUCAGUGUCUGUGAUGUGUGGCUGCAGCUCUUCUCUCAUGGCCAGGCUUACGCCAUCAACCUGGCUGCUGUGGGCACCGUGGCCUUCGGCUGUACAGUGCAGCAAUCCAGCUUCUACGGGUACACGGGGCUGCUGCCCAAGAGGUACACGCAGGGGGUGAUGACGGGCGAGAGCACUGCGGGCGUGAUGAUCUCGCUGAGCCGCAUCCUCACCAAGUUGCUGCUCCCGGACGAGCGCGCCAGCACGCUCAUCUUCUUCCUGGUCUCCGUGGGGCUGGAGCUGCUCUGCUUUCUGCUGCACCUGCUGGUGCGCCGCAGCCGCUUCGUGCUCUACUACACCACGCGGCCGCGCGACAGCGGCCGGGCCGGCCUGGGCGCCGCCGGCUACCGAGUGCACCACGAUGUCGCCGCGGGGGACGUGCGCUUCGAGCACCAGGCCCCAGUGUUGGCCAGCGGUGGAUCCCCAAAGGACAGCCCGGCCCACGAGGUGACGGGCGGCGGUGGGGGCGGGGCCUAUGUGCGCUUUGAUGUUCCUCGGCCGAGAGCCAAGCGGAGCUGGCCCACCUUCCGAGCCCUGCUGCUGCACCGCUACGUGGUGGCGCGCGUGAUCUGGGCCGACAUGCUGUCCAUCGCUGUCACCUACCUCAUCACGCUGUGCCUCUUCCCCGGCCUCGAGUCUGAGAUCCGCCACUGUGUCCUGGGCGAGUGGCUGCCCAUUCUCCUCAUGGCUCUCUUCAACCUCUCGGACUUCGUGGGCAAGAUCCUGGCGGCGCUGCCCGUGGACUGGCGAGGCACGCACCUGCUGGCCUGCUCCUGCCUUCGCGUGGUCUUCAUCCCGCUCUUCAUCCUGUGCGUGUAUCCCAGUGGUGCGCCCGCCCUACGCCACCCUGCCUGGCCCUGCAUCUUCUCCCUGCUGAUGGGAGUCAGCAACGGCUACUUCGGCAGCGCACCCAUGAUCCUGGCUGCGGGCAGAGUGAGCCCGCGACAGCGAGAGCUGGCAGGAAACACCAUGACCGUGUCCUACAUGUCGGGGCUGACGCUGGGCUCUGCGGUGGCCUACUGCACCUACAGCCUCACCAGGGAUGCCCCCAGCAGUUGCUUCCACACCGCCACCAACAGUUCUGGCUCCCCUGGUCUCUGAGCUGGAGGCCACCCCCACCCCGCGCAACCCACUGCCUGCCCCUCCCGCCCCUCGCCUGCAGUGCCUGUGGGACCCCAGCCCUCCUCCUGUGCCCAGGAGGCCGCCUUGCUGGGCUCGGCCGGCCAGCCUGGCCUGGAGGCGUGCACAGCCCAGGCCCCAGCCAGCUGUGCAUUGGCUCCCAGCUCCCGUCUGUUCCGCCUCUGUCUGCUCUGUGGGCCGUCUCACCUCGCGGGACCCCACCCCGGCGUCUGCCUUGUUUGUGUGCCCCGCGCGACCCUCAUCACACAUCCAGGGCGGGCAGCAAGUGUAGGUGCGGCCGGCCCCAGCUCCUCCUCACCAGGGACCCCUCUGGGUGUAAGAGGUCUGUGGAGAAGAGGGGCGGUCUCCAGCCGUGUCUUCUGGGCUCCUCCCCGCCCGUGCUCCUGGAUUCCGGCAACCCGCUGGGGUCUACACAAUAGCUCCGCUCUUUCCCCAGUCCCCUAUCCCGUAGCAAGG